ACAACUCCUUAUAUACUUAGCCACUACUAUUCUAAUUCUACUAUCAUCAUCAUGGAAGGUUCUUCUAGAGGAGGUAACCAACACGAGGCCGGAGGGGCUGACGUCCAUUACCGUGGCGUCCGAAGAAGACCGUGGGGUAAGUUUGCAGCUGAGAUUCGAGACCCGAACAAGCAAGGUAACCGUCAAUGGCUAGGAACUUACGACACUGCCGAGGCGGCUGCCCGAGCUUAUGACAAGGCUGCAUUCGAAUUAAGAGGACAUCUUGCUACUUUGAACUUCCCUAAUGAGUAUUACGCUAAAUUAGAUCCUCUUCAUCAUCAGCUUCAUUAUCCUCGUACACAAAUGUAUUAUGCUACUACUAAUAAUAAUAAUCGUCCGGGCUCACAAUUACCUUCAAAUAACCAUAGAGGUGUCGGGCCGGAUACCGGGCCUAGAUAUAAAGAAGUCAUUGAAUUCCCUUGUUUAGAUAAUCAAAUAUUGGAAGAUAUGCUUAGGCAAGAGGAUAAUUAAAUUGGUGUUCCUUGGGGUGACUCAACUUUUUCUGACCAUGGAUAUUUAUAUACUUUAUUACUAUUACAGCAAUAAUUUAUAAUUAAGUACUAAUUUGUAACUACUUAUUAAUCGUUUGUAAUGUAUUUUUAGCAAAAUGAGUUGUGAGGA